AUGGAGGUGAUUGAGGAUCCUGAGGUCGACGCCGUCUGGAUUUGCUCCCCUUCUCAGUACCAUGCUGAACAAAUCAAGGCUGCCGCCGCCAACGGGAAACACGUUUUCUGUGAGAAACCUAUUGCCACCGAUUUGGGGGAGACUGUCGAGGCCAUCAAUGCCUGCAAUGAGGCUGGUGUCAAACUCAUGAUUGGUCUUCAGCGAAGAUUCGACCAGAAUUUCAAGCGUGUCCAGGAAGCUGUCCAGAAAAAGGAAGUUGGAGAACCCAUCAUGGUCAAGCUGUGCUCCCGUGAUCCUUCCCCCUCCGUUCAUACGUAA